UUCUAUAGGUGGGUAUACCGGAACGGUGACACAUUUAGUGAAUCAAUUGUCACCGAACAUGCGAAAGUGUUUGUUCACUAGCUACUUUUCACAAAGUGUUGGUGCCGGUUAUACGUAUCUGCGCGUGCCAAUCGGUGGAACCGAUUUUGACCCAUUCACUCCGUGGGCAUACAACGAAUAUCCGCAAAAUGAUGCCAAAUUAUCGAAUUUCACACAGCUUGACAGCAGAGAUGUGGAACGAAAUGCUCACAUAAAGGAGCUUAUGCAAGUAUCAAAAAAUUCGAAUGUGAACAUACUUGGAGCGACUUGGGGCCCACCGCCGUGGAUGAAAUUCCAGAAUCAUUGGAAUGGUGGCGUCGACAAUCAACUAAAACCAGAAUACUAUCAAACUUGGGCUGAUUACCAUUUGCGGUGGUUGGAAUUGAUGCAAAAUGAUGGAGUGAACGUGUGGGCGAUUUCAACUGGGAAUGAGCCUGCGUCAGCAGGUCAAAUAGAAUUUCAGAUAUUGAGUUGGAAUGCAAGUGAUCAAGCCGUUUGGAUUGCUGAUAAUCUUGGGCCCACAUUGAGAGAUUCCAAGUAUUCAAAUGUCAAAAUACAUGGAUUCGAUGAUAAUCGUGAUUUGGCACCAGAUUGGAUUAAAGGAAUGGAAUAUGGUGCCAAAGAUGCAUUUGAUUAUCUUUCAGGCUUAGAAUUUCAUGCGUAUUCGGAUAAAGCACUCGGACCGGAAAUUCUCGAUCAUUUUUCACGGACAUAUCCAAACAUACAAAUUUGGUACUCGGAGAACUGCUUCGGGGCUUUCUUCAUGACACCUUAUAUAGGGCCACAGCUUGGUACAUGGGGACGAUGUGAAAAAUUAGUUUCGACUUUGAUUGAGAAUUUUAGCCAUUCAACAGUUGGAUAUCUUGACUGGAAUUUGCUGUUAGAUCACAAAGGAGGACCGAGUUAUGUUAACAAUGCAAUUGAUGCAUAUAUUAUUCUCAGCGAAAAUGGUAAAAAAAUGUACAAACAACCGACGUUCUAUGCCAUGGCGCAUUUCUCCAAGUUCAUAUUGCCCGGUUCGGUUCGCAUUGAUGCAAACCUAUUAGAAUGCGGAAGUUCAAAGUUGAAAACGAUAGCGUUUCUCCGUCCCGACAAUAAAAUCGUUGUAAUUGUGUAUAACAGCGCUAUACGCUCAGUUGAAGUAACAAUAAGGGAUAAAUCAAAGGGGAAUAUCAACUUGAAAUUGAAACCAAAAUCAAUCAACACAUUGGUUUACGAGGUGGGAUCAGCGUCUAAAUGUAAAUCGGGAAAACAAUGUUAA